AUGCUUCUUCCCGUUGUUCUGGUCUCCGCGCUGGCAACAGUGGCAGCUGCGCACCAGAACCUCCACCAGUUCUGGGUCAACGACGUCUCCCCAGGCUACGAGAUCGGCAUCCGCAAAGCCCCCAGCAACAAUCCCGUCACCGACGUGACCAGCAACGACAUCACCUGCAACGUCAACGGCAACAAGGUCCCCUCGGGGGUGACAACCAUUGCCGCCAAGGCCGGCGACACCAUAAAGGUCCAGUGGGACUCGUCCACGCACCCUGGCCCCAUCACCCACAUGCUGUUCGGGCCGGUUUCCGACGCUUCUCAGGCCACCGGGGUGGGCUCGUGGGUCAAGAUUGACGAGCAGGACUACGUGGGCGGGAAGUGGGCGAACGAGAUCAUGGAGGCGGUGAACAUGACGCACGAGUUCAAGCUGCCGGCAAAGCUCGCGAGUGGUGACUACUUGGUCCGAAGCGAGAUGCUGGCCCUCCACGGCUCGCAGACGCAGGGCGGCGCUCAGUUCUACAUCGGCUGCAUGCAACUGCGCAUCUCUGGAAGCUCGGGAAGCUGCAGCCCCAGCAUCAAGCUCCCGGGCGCAUACAAGGCUACCGAUAGCGACAUCUACAUCCCCAAUUUCUAUAACGGCUUCGACCCGACGACGUACAAGGCCCCAGGAGGCGCAGUGGCAACAUGCUCAUAG